AUGUUUUCCACAAAACCAGCAAACUCGCUCCGGAAGCUCUUCGCUGGCUACCAUGAACCAGCCGGCCUGUCGCCGCAGCAAUCGCAAAAGCUGCUAGAUGGCCUCAAAUCGUCCUUUCGUCUACAACUAGAGCAAGAGUACGGCCAGACAGCUCUCACGAAACUUACGAAAAAUACAUCCAAGACGCUCAGCAAUUCCUCCUCAUCCUCCCCCCAUCGCGCCGUGCGUCACUCGGCCGCCAACCGCCAUCUACGGUCCAUCCUCGCCAACCCGCUCUUCUCCUACAACAACAACAGCGUUACCGCCAACUCUACUCUACCUUCGCCGCUUUCCGUGCCCCGGAGCGACCCCUUGGACGACUUUGACCAUGCCGUUGCCAAAGGCCUUAUGACGCUCAAUGCCGCCACCGGCUGCAUCAUGACCAAGCAAAAACAAUUGGACGCCCGAGAUCUGCACACGGGGCCCGCCUCCGAGUCGGCCACGGCCCUGCGCGUCGUGCGCUGGCUUCGCUCUACCGGUGCUGAGAAUGACCUGGCUUUCCUCGACCACGCGGCCUUUAUCAAGGCGCUCACGCCGUUCCUUGUCGUCGAGAGGAUGGACGAGAUCGCCUGGCAGUGGAUCGCUCAGACGAUGGAGCAGCGCGGCGACGACGCGGCAGAGGCUACGCGCCUGCGCCGAGCAUCCUUCCUGCUCGCGCAGCUCGUCCACGUCAAGAGUCAGCCGCGGCACGGAAACCUCGACGGCGCCAUAACCACCAUCCUGCGCGCCGAGCAGCUGCUCGCCAAGGAUCCGCUGCUCGCCAAGCUCCUCGUCCUGCCCUGGCGCUCCGUCUCGUGGUUGUCCACCGUGGAGUCGUACAGCCACGGCGCGCCGUCAGAGCGCCUCUUCGACGCGCACCUCGACACCGCCAGCCGCUUGCAGCAGCCGCUGUCCGUCGAGACGGCGCACCUCCGCCUCUGCCACCCGACGCAUCCGGACCACGCCCCGGCCAUGCACUUCUUCCGCGACACCCGGCAGCUGCGCCGCCUCGUCCGCGGCAUCACCAGGGAGCAGUUCACGCAGGCCAAGCAGAAGAGCCUCAGCGUCGUGCCCUGGGUCGCGUACCUCGGCUACGACACCGUCAACCAUCUAACCACGUCGGGCCUCACCCAGGAGGCGCAGGCGCUGAAGCAAAUAUUGCAAGAUGAGCUGGCAGGUCUCUUUGCGCCACAGGCACAGCCCAGCUAA